GGCCGUUUUGUGUAUUAGUUCAAAAAUAAAGGAAAAAUUAUUUUUCUCUUAAUCGGAGAGGUAAGCUAGGGUUUUCAAUUCCAAGUAAAUUAAACGAGGGUUUUGGAUUUUCUCUUCACAGAGAGAGGACGAGGGUAAUGGGAAGGUACAGAAGCCGUAGUCGGAGCCUUAGCAGAAGUUACAGUCCCGUGAGACGUAAACGCCACGACGAACCACGUGACCGGCGCCGAGAACGUCGCUCUCCGGGACCUUCUGGCCUUCUCGUUCGUAAUAUACCCCUUAGCGCCAGGCCAGAAGAUCUUAGGGUCCCCUUUGAACGUUAUGGUCCCAUAAGAGAUGUUUAUCUUCCCAAGAAUUACCACACUGGGGAACCACGAGGAUUUGGCUUUGUGAAGUUCCGUUAUGCCGAAGAUGCAGCUGAAGCAAAAGCACACUUGAACAAUACAGUUAUUGGUGGACGUGAUAUUAGGAUUGUUUUUGCUGAGGAUAAUCGAAAGACCCCUCGAGAAAUGCGCAAGGUCUUAAGCACAAGUGGACCUAGUGCUCGAGGCAGCUACAGGAGACACAGUUCACCAAGUCGCAGAUAUCACUCUUACUCGCGCUCGGCUUCUCCAGCAAGACGUGACUCAAGGGACAGGGAUCAUGAGAAGAAUCAUGAUGAUUACUACUCGCCAAGGAGAUCCAGGUCACAGUCUCGGUCUAUUUCUCCAAGGGAUGAUAGAAAUUGUAGGUCGAAAGGAAGAUCUUCAAGACAAUCAAGACCAAUGUCAAGGUCAAAUUCUCCAUGCAUUCAGAAAAAAGGCAGGUUCAGCAUGAGUCCAAGAGAUAAUAGUCAGAUUGCUCAUGAUGUGGACUCCACCCCAAGGAGGCUCAAGAGUCCCGGAAGAAAUGGAGGCAGCUCAGCCAGAUCUCCUUCUAGGUCCUACAGUCGUUGACGGUUUGCUCAUUGUUAUCACCAUCUGCUGAUCUUUUUUUGAGGUCUUGGGAGUAUCUUGGUCUAGAUGAUUGGACACAUGCAAACUAUAAUAGAUUGUUACAUCUGUUAUAUUUAUGUUUUGUUUCUUUUUGUCAUGUCACUCUAAACCUAUGGACUAUUGUAACAUAUAGCUGAGUCGUGGGUUGAAUUUGGUUAUUUCUGUUUAUGUGCUACUUCUUCUCUAUAUAUGAAUUUACAAUGGACGUAUAGCAAUGUUGCUACUUGUCCUCUUUUCUCAUGUAA